UACGGGCGAGUUUUGCCUGAAGAUGGAAACACUGGAGUCGGAGCUGACCUGCCCUAUUUGUCUGGAGCUCUUUGAGGACCCUCUUCUGCUACCCUGCGCCCACAGCCUCUGCUUCAACUGUGCCCAUCGCAUCCUGGUGUCGCAUUGUGCCACCAACGAGUCUGUGGAGUCCAUCACCGCCUUCCAGUGCCCCACCUGCAGACAUGUCAUCACCCUCAGCCACCGCGGUCUAGACGGGCUGAAACGCAACGUCACUCUGCAGAACAUCAUCGACCGAUUCCAGAAGGCCUCGGUGAGCGGCCCCAAUUCCCCCAGCGAGACCCGCCGAGAACGCACCUUUGAAGCCCACACCAUGACCUCCGCCGAGAAAGUGCUCUGCCAGUUCUGUGACCAGGAUCCUGCCCGGGAUGCGGUGAAGACCUGUGUCACUUGUGAAGUGUCCUACUGUGAUGAGUGCCUGAAAGCCACUCACCCCAACAAGAAGCCCUUCACGGGCCACCGUCUGAUUGAGCCAAUUCCGGACUCUCAUAUCCGGGGGCUGAUGUGCCUGGAACACGAGGAUGAGAAGGUGAAUAUGUACUGUGUGACCGAUGAGCAGUUAAUCUGUGCCUUGUGUAAACUGGUUGGGCGGCACCGAGAUCAUCAGGUGGCAGCUUUGAGUGAGCGCUAUGACAAAUUGAAGCAAAACUUAGAGAGUAACCUCACCAACCUGAUUAAGAGGAACACAGAACUGGAGACGCUUUUGGCCAAACUCAUCCAAACCUGUCAGCAUGUGGAGGUCAAUGCAUCACGUCAAGAGGCCAAACUGAUGGAAGAGUGUGAUCUUCUCAUUGAGAUCAUUCAGCAAAGACGGCAAAUUAUUGGAACCAAGAUCAAAGAAGGAAAGGUGAUGAGGCUUCGCAAACUGGCUCAGCAGAUUGCAAACUGCAAACAGUGCAUUGAGCGCUCAGCAUCCCUCAUCUCGCAGGCAGAGCACUCACUCAAGGAGAAUGAUCAUGCUCGCUUCCUCCAGACUGCAAAGAAUAUCACGGAGAGAGUCUCCAUGGCAACUGCAUCUUCCCAAGUCCUAAUUCCUGAAAUCAACCUCAAUGACACAUUUGACACCUUCGCCUUAGAUUUUUCCCGAGAGAAGAAGUUGCUAGAAUGUCUGGAUUACCUUACAGCUCCCAGCUCUCCCACAAUUAGAGAAGAGCUAUGUACAGCCUCCUAUGACACCAUCACUGUCCAUUGGACAUCCGAUGACGAGUUUAGUGUGGUUUCCUACGAACUUCGGUACACCAUCUUUACUGGACAAGCCAACCUCGUCAGUCUGUGUAACUCAGCUGAUAGCUGGAUGAUUGUGCCCAACAUUAAACAGAACCACUACACUGUGCAUGGGCUCCAGAGUGGCACUAAAUACAUCUUUAUGGUCAAGGCCAUCAACCAGGCGGGAAGCCGCAGCAGUGAGCCUGGGAAGCUGAAGACGAACAGCCAGCCUUUUAAACUGGAUCCCAAGUCUGCACAUCGAAAGCUAAAGGUAUCCCAUGAUAACCUGACAGUCGAGCGUGAUGAGUCAUCCAAAAAGAGUCACACUCCUGAACGAUUCACCAGCCAAGGGAGCUAUGGCAUAGCUGGCAACGUGUUCAUUGACAGUGGCCGCCAUUACUGGGAAGUAGUCAUAAGUGGAAGCACCUGGUAUGCCAUUGGCUUGGCCUACAAAUCGGCCCCGAAGCACGAGUGGAUUGGGAAGAACUCAGCUUCUUGGGCACUGUGUCGCUGUCACAACAACUGGGUGGCAAGACACAACAGCAAAGAAAUCCCCAUCGAGCCAGCACCCCACCUCCGGCGAGUAGGAAUCCUGCUAGACUAUGACAAUGGCUCCAUCGCUUUCUACGACGCUUUGAACUCCAUGCACCUCUACACCUUUGACAUCACCUUCUCGCAGCCUGUGUGCCCCACCUUCACCGUGUGGAACAAAUGUCUGACCAUUAUAACCGGACUCCCUAUCCCAGACCAUCUGGACUGUGCCGAGCAGCUCUCUUGAGCACUCGACCAUGUGGGAGCCACUC